GGCAGUUGACCCUGAUCAGCAGGAAAGGCUAGGAGACAUUCCCGGAGAAGAAGCUGAGAAGCCGUGGGAGCUGCUCUCUAUCAUGAAAAGCCAGGACUGGCUUCCUAAGGAGGGAAGUGUGAGGCGCCUCCUGUGUGCAGAUCCUUCCUGCCCCAUCUGCAAUGCCGUGGCUCUGGAGAUUCAGCAGUUGCUGGCGGGGGAGAACACCCUGAUCUCUCCCCCUUCAUCGGGGCCAUCGCAGGGCUCCUCUUGCCUAGAGAUUUUGUCUAUGUCUAGUCUCUCUUUGGAGCAGAGUCAGGGUUCCCUGCACUCCAAAGAUCUUUCACUUCCAUCUGUAACCCCCACAAAGUUACAAUUAACGGAUCAGAAAUCCUUAACACAGUCAGCUGCCCAGUCAACCAGUGUCAGCAUCCAAGAUCACCAGGCUGAACGCCUCCAGCGAAGGAAAGGAUUUCAGGUGCCGGAUGUGUCCAGGGAUGCAGGAGCUCUGUCUUCUUCAAGUGAGGAGCCUAGGAUUCCUGUGAAUCAGCAGGACAAGAGGAAGAGCCACUCUGAAUGUGUGCUGGAAAAACAAGAAGCUGCAGAAGCUGGCUUGGGAAAUAAGCUGAAGCACUUUUCACACUGGAUUAACCCCGAGAUGAAAGGUCAAGGGCAUAAAGAAUCCAUUCUUCUCUCUAAGGAUGAGACAGUGCCCAAAACCAUAACAAAAAAGGUUGAGAAGACUCCACCCCCCACCAAACACCCUCUGAGAGGAGCCAAGUUAGAGAAG